CCGCCCUUUUGUAGACAGGCCAUGGCCGAGCCGUGGGAGCUCGCGGUCGGGCCGACGCCAGCCGCGCGGACGGUCAAAGUGGCGCAGGACGCGGCCGAGCUCCACCGCGCCCACCACGCGCCCAUGCACGGCGUCGACGUCGACCAUUUGCGCGAGAUUGGCGCGAGUACGCUCCACCUCGAGAGCCAAAGCCGCCAGCUGACGGCCACCAAGAGCGCGACGCGGCACAAGAAGAAGCGCAUCGAGCACUCGUUCGAGCCGCCGCCGCUCGAGCACGAUGGCACGCUGCACAAAACCGAGCUCGAUCAAAUUCUCAUGGCCGAGGAGUGGGACACGCGGUUCUGGAACAAAGUCAAGAUCAACGAAGCCAUCCAGACGCUGUACAUUGAAGUCGAGCGCGGUAUCGACCAAAUGCGGCGCGACCUCGCGCUGCGCAUGCUCGUGCAUCUCAACAAGCUGCACCCUGAGGCGCACGCAUACAAUGACAACAACUUGCCGAUGCUCACGAGCAAGGCGUUUGCGAAGCUUUCGGCGACGACCCAUGCGGACCAUGUCUUCAACAUGGCCGAGCUCGUCGCGACCUUUGCCGAUGCGUACCCGAUCGAGCUCGCCAACGAAAACGCGGUGCUCCGCGCGCUGCAGUGCGUCUUGCGCCGCAUGGACUGCGCGGCGCGCGUCUUGCAGCACGCUCGCCGACGUCUCGUCUUUGAGCGAAGCCUCCGCCGACGCGACAUUUCAGUGGACGCGCGGCUGCGCGCCCGCGCCGUCAACUUGGCCAAGACGUUCGACCUCCAGCGGCAGCAAAAGGAGAUUCGCGAUGCGCACCACGGGCGGCCGCUGCCACCGCGGGCCCAGCACGCCUACAUGCGCAUCGUCCACACGCUUUUAAAGUACGAGUUUGAGCACCGAAACGACGCAGGGCGCCACGACGUCCGCAAGCUGCUCCACACCGGCGCGCUCGUCUGGCUCAUCCAGUGCGUCCGGCAACGCGGCGAGCUCGAGCUCAUGGCUCUGCAUCUCUUUACGAUCCUCGCAUGCGACAAGAACUACAUUGGCGACGUCCUUCUCUCCAAUAUUGUCUUGCACCUUGCCGACAACUUGGUCGCCAGCGACCAGUCCGACGCCACCACGAUAGCCUCCCUGGCCUUUCUCGACGCCGCGUGCAAGAGCAUGAGUGCCAUGGUGCUGCGGCUGCACCGACCGCACCACGACGUUGAAAAGAAGAGGCUCCGGUCCACGCGCCGACCGGGUCUCCCUCCCUCGACAAACGCUGCCUCCUCCUCCUCCUCGCCGACCACCAACUCUAGCAGCUCCUCCGUCGACGACGACGACGCAGCGUUUCUCAACCGCACGCUCCCCGCCAUCAUUGCCGAGCGCGUGGUCGCCGUACGAACGUUCCAGAGCCUCUUGCGGCUUCUUGGGCACCCGAAAAUGUCACUCGCAGCCCUCCAGGUGUUGCACAAGAUGGCGCAUCCGAGCAUCGGGUACUUGGCGCUCGUCGACGUCGUGACGCGCAACGGGGCCGGGCCCUCGAGGCCAUCUGCGGGCGACGAAGGCCGGGACGCGCUCACAACGGCAGGGCUUGUGCUCUUGGUGGCGCCUCUGUGCGCGCCGGGCUUUCGCCGCCCCGGCAACAGCUACCGCUUCGUGCUAGGGCUCCUCGUGAUGACGAGCCUCGCGUCGCCGUCGCCGCUGAGCUUUGGUCCGUCGGCCGACAGCCUCGAAAUGGUGCUGGAGCUGGCACCGCCUACGCUGCUCAACUUUGCAUUUGACUUUCUCUUGCUCGCGUGCGAGGACGACGGGCGCGUCGGCGUCUACCUCGUGCGCAAUAACGCGCUCGAGUUUCUUCUCGACGUGCUCGUGCAGCCGCUCCAAACCCACACGCACCAAGCGCAGACGCGCUACCAGCGGCACGCGAGCACGAUCAUUCUGGCGAGCUUGACGCGGGUCAAAGCGAUCGCGGCGCGGGUCGCGUUCCGAGACGACGUCUUGCGCCAUGUGGCGCUCGUGCUCCAGACCAACCGCAUGGACGAGGUCGACGGCCACGGGCUUUCGCGCCACGAGAUGCACUUGCAUCUGCGGAGCUCGGCGGCCGCCAUGCGCACGCUCGUCCGCUGCUUGCGGGUGCAAAUGCAGCCGGAUUUGGCGCCGAGCCUCCUCGUGGCGGCGCAGGUGACCAUUUCGCAGACGCUCUUGAAGCUUCAUGCAGUCGAAGAUGUCGUUGCAUACGUUCGACCGCCCAACCUUGUGUCGGACUGGGUGGCUGCCGACACGGACGCCGUCAAGAGUGCGUUGCAGCUCCUCGGGCUCAUGUGUCCGUCGCCGCUGCCAGAGCAUGGCAACCACGAGACGACGACUGUCGUUGUCGGAUCGCCGCCGCGCGACGUGACAGUGACGCUCGCAACGCUCCAAUCGCUCUGCACACGCCUCAUCGACAUGGCGGCAACGGCCGUGCUGCGCGCGAUUGCGUCGGACGAGCCCUUACCGCGCGUGAUCAAGUGGUGCUGCAAGACUCUCUCGCAGCUCGCGUGCACCAACGCGUCGGCAUCGCAGCUGCUGAGCUACCGCUGCAUGGACGUGGUCGCGAUGCUUGUGCCCAACGUGCCGAGCAGUCUCACCGACGCAUCCGGCGUGCGCCACACCAACCUCACGGCGACCAGCGUCCACGACGACAAGCUGCUCGCGCUGCCGUCGACGUUUUACACGCUUGUCGCGACACUCUGCCGCGUGCCCGAUGGCCGCGCCGCGGUCGCCAAGCUCAACAUGCUGCCGCGCAUCUUGAAGCGCCUGCACUUACGGUGCGCGUCGGCCAAGCAAGACGAGUGGUGCCGCACUGAGCUAAUGCGGCUCGUGCACGCCAUGGCGCACACCAACACGAUCGGUCUCGGCAACGCCAACGAGCUCUUCUUGCGCCACCACGUGCACUCGGUCGCUGUCGAGAUGCUCGAGUCCACGCCGUGCUUUGUGCCACCCGCCGCCAUGCACGAGCAAGCGCUGGGCGCACUGGGCGCGUUGGCGCUCGAUCACAUGCGCUGCAUUCCGCCGCUCCUGUCCGUGGGCGUGCUCAAGCACUGCGCGGCGUUGCUGCAGGCGUACCGCGACCACGACGCGUCGUGUUCACUGCAUGCGCUCGAGAGCGCGCUGCAGAUCGUUCUCGGCCUCGCGCUGUACCCGUCCGACACGAUCCAAGCAGCGCUUUCGAACGCAAACGUCCAAGACGACCUGCUCCGCAUCGGGUGUUCGUUCCAUUUGGAGAUGCAGAAAGCGAAAAUCAGCUUCCGCGGCGCCAAGUCCCUCGGCGAAAUGGCGCGCGAAACGCUGCGGCACAUGGGGGACUACGUCAAGAAAACCCAAGCGUAUGAGCAGCGCUUGAAGCAGUCUCUCGGCCAAGAGAGUCCGCCGCGACGAUCCCCGGGCAAGCCGCAAGAGCACUCCAUGAGUUCAGAGGCGCGCACCGUGAGUCUUCCAGCCCUUCUCGAUAUCAGCCAUGCUAGUCGACCACCGCUCGAGAUUGUGAGAAACAACUCGAGCCGCCCCAACUCGCCGCAGCAAGCAAGUAACAUGGUGCCCAGCCUCGUGCCAAGCAGUGAUCUGCGGCACACGCGACCACCGGGGCCGUGUCCGACGCCCGACAAGCCGACCGUACGAGAUGACAAGCCGCUGGUGAAGAAGAGCAACGAGCCAUACCGCUUUAGUCGACCCAAGGCGGCCGAGGCUCAAAAAUACCCGUUCUUGCUGCUCGACCCGCUCUUUGGCGCCGUCGACAUGGGCGUCGAUCCGAGCGUGCCGGGCCUCGCGCUGCGAAAAGCAACGAGUUUGCCCAAGGCGCGCCAGCUUCCGCCGCAUACCAGCGCGGUGCUCGGCCACUGCGUCGAGCUCCAAGCGUCGCCGGAUACCAAACAAGUGCGUCUCGAAGCGUGCACCUUGAGUGCCAAGCACAGGCCAAAGCACUAAGAUCUGCGUCUCGGAAGUGUAAACUCGACAAAAUCCAUGCCAAAGAUCCUGUUUUGGACCAUUACC